AUGCAACAAACACCGAAGCAACUGUGGGCUCACAAGAAUUCGAUUACGGAAUAUCAAGUAUGGGUAAGUUACAGAGCGGCAACGAAGCAACUCAAUCUCUUCUUCGACGGCCGUGAAAUGGAUGCAAGCUGUCGCAAGCUUCAAAGCUGUCAGCACCGAAAGGAGACACUCACGCACCUACUUUGGGAGUGUCCGGGCGCCCAAGCAUGCUGGAAAUAUCUUAUCAGCUGCUGGGGUAGACGAAGGUGUGAUGGCCAGCAGCUUCUUCGGUAUACGGCGAAUUGCGCGUCUCGAGUACCACCA